UGUACUGGUCCUGCCCUAAUCCGGCCCCAAACCCCGGACCUCCUCUUGGAGCUUCACUCGUGCCAUACGUUGCCUAACCGCUUCUUCCUUUUCGUGUUUCGCAGUGUCUCGUUGUCGCAAGUGUGUAUAAGUGUUAUAAGUGCUUAUUUUCUGUGUAUGUGUUUUCAUACCGUGGGCCGUGACCGUGAGCUACUGGCAGUGUUCGAUAUAGCCGUAUAAAAUCAAUUCUUAUUACAAAAAAAUGCAAUAAUAAUCACGGAAGCCUUCCGAAGUCGUGCUGUGUGGCCUUGUUUAUUUGAUUUUACCUAACACAAUCCUCAGCACAACUAAUAAAACUCUACAAAUUUCCCUGAAGAUUUCAUAGAGGAAAAUUCAUCAGCACUCCAACAUAAAAUUCCAGUGGUCGUCUAGAGGCGUUGUUAAUGAGCUGGAGAGAACAUCCAAUUAAUUGCCUGUCGCGUCUUCUCACAGGGUCUCAACUUCCUUCGAGUUGUAUUAAAGAACAGUUGAGGGUUAUAACAGCCAGGAACUGUCAGUCAUGGCUCAGUUGAUUUUAACGCAAACAAAUCAACUUACCGCUUAUCAUAAUACUGUAAUGAUACACUCAUUGUAAUACUCGCCGACAAUAAUGCAGAAGUGAUCAGCGUCUGAGCUGAACAAGUGAAGUAAGUGCUUUUCUUAAAACGUAUUCGUAUUUCCAAUUCUGGUCUUUAUUUUAAAUGGAUACAUGAACAGUGUGUGAUAACAUGUUCGCAAAAGUGAUGAACUCUUAUUCCUGGAAAUUAUUUUCAAAAACUUUUCAUUUAUGUUAACUAUUCGUAGAUAAUACUUGAAAUCUUAUUCGUGUUCGUUAUAAAGCAAUAACGCUGUGAGAUAUAAUAUAGCCAUAAGUGCUGUACUACGUGAAGCAAUAAAAGUUAUGGGAUUCCCCAGUGCAAUAAUAUAAGUGUCGUAAUAACUUUGUUUUAGUGAUACUAUUCAAAGCAAAUCCAUUCAAGACGUAGGCCUUCAUUGUCAACAAAGACUAUCUUUCAGGAGAGUGACUUAUAUAAGAAUUGUGUGAGCUUAAAAUCAUCAAGCAAUAAAAGAAUAACCAACAUGGCGUUUGCAGCAGCUCGUAUGAUUCUUAAGGACAAAAGACGGAAGACUUCGAAAGAGGAUUUUGCACCAAGAAACAGGAGCAAGGCCCGCAAUAAGCCUGCGGAUGGAGGCGGCCACGUCAACCAGAAGGGACAGGCGGGCCAGAAGACACCAGUUGCCGGCUUUUUAACAAAAGGGGCUCAGAAACCUACUCAGAAACCACCAACGGCUCAGAAGGGGCAGGUGAAGACUCAGCCGAAAGCCGCAUCGGUUAAGGGGGGAAAGAAGACGAAGAAAGGGCAGAGACAUCAACAGCACGACCUCAUUGUCACCAUCAACUUGUCCGAAUAUGGAUUAACAGAAGACCAAGUAGCAGAAUUCAAAGAAGCAUUUAUGCUUUUUGACAAAGAUGAAGAUGGCACGAUCACCAUGGCAGAACUUGGUGUCGUCAUGAGGUCACUGGGACAGAGACCCACAGAAACUGAACUCAGAGACAUGGUAAAUGAAGUUGACCAAGAUGGUAAUGGAACCAUUGAGUUCAAUGAGUUCUUGCAGAUGAUGUCUAAGAAGAUGAAGGGUGCAGAUGGUGAAGAUGAACUGCGGGAAGCAUUCAGGGUAUUUGAUAAGAACAAUGAUGGACUGAUCUCAUCUACGGAGCUUCGCCAUGUGAUGACCAAUUUGGGUGAGAAGCUGUCAGAUGAGGAAGUGGAUGAUAUGAUCCGGGAGGCAGACCUGGAUGGCGAUGGCAUGGUCAACUACGAAGAAUUUGUAACAAUCCUUACGUCAAAGAAUUAGUCAUCUUCUGACUGGAAGCAAUUACAGCAGGUAAUCAGAGACAGAAUUGAACACUAAAGCUGAUGGGAAAAUGAGAUCGUCUUAAAAUGAGUGUAACUGGAGAAGAGGUUACUCUGACCCCAAUAAAAGCUGGUAGCAGCGUGUGAGAAGAAGAAAACGGACUGCACACGUAAAGGAAAUUUAAGAAGCAAACCCACAGCAUCUGUGUUUAUUAUUUAGCAUUACUUGCAAGGUAUCAUUAUGUAUUAUAUAACAAAACAGCCAUUUUAAAGAGUAUGGAACUAAUAAUAACGAGAAAAUACGUCUCCCUCUUCUAUUUCAAUGCAUAAAUUUACCUAUGACAUUGAAAUAAAUCCUUGUCACUUAAAAACAUUUUAUAUUAUUUAAAAUCUUACAGAAUUUGUUAAUUAUAUUUAAGAUGCUGUUUUUAUACAUGCAAUUACAGACUGAUCUAUCACUUAUGCACUAAAAAUACAUUACCGAUUUAUAAUUUUAAUAAGAAAACAUAUGACUUUAUCAACAUAAAAAUCAAUGGCAAAGCAAAGGUAUAGCAUACAUAUUAUGAGUUAUUAUGUAUAUAUGAUUAAUGUUAAAAUGAAUAAUGGAAUAAUUGUUGAUAGAUAGACAAUAAUGUUGUUGAAUUUGUUAACGUGUUUUGUUGAUGAAGGAUUUAUCAGGACUUCGUUGUUCAGUACGCAGCAAGUAACUUUCAUAAUUUGUAAUUGUCGUAAUAUUAGUUGACAUUUUAUGUAUAAUUACUUCAGUCAUAAUUUCAAUCUUCAGAUCAGUUUGUGUUUUCUCUUGAUUUUCAAACUGAAGAAAUUUCCAUAAAGAAAGAAAUUAGUGCUAUUUUGUUAUUUUUUAAAGGCAAUUAUGGAUGUGAAAAAUUAUUUUCAUUAUAAGACUUGUAUAAGAAGAGAAACCCUUGUACCAUAAUGAUUAAUAUAAAUGCUUUGAUGUUUUGCAUUAUGUAUAACUGGACAUUAAUGUUUGUUUCAUACAAACAUAUUAUUUGUUGUAAAUGUUUACAUAAUGAAGUAGAAAUUCCCUCGCUAUAUAUGUCUUCUCGCCAGCUAAUUGAUAGCUGAUUGGAUGCGAUGUUUUAUAAAUAAGGUGAAUGCAAGUUAGAUGCCAUUUUAAAAACUGACGCAGUGCUCAGCAUGUUUGACGUUAACAUUUAUUAACGACGCAUCGUUGCUUGCACACAGUCCAGCUGGCCAUGUGUUGUGGUAGCACGACGUUAAACCCAGUAGUCAAGUCCAGCCAGCAACCCUUUAUUCAGGGAUUUAAAUACCCUUUUCCUGAACGAAGAAGUUAUUUUUAGUUUCUGAAUGAUUAAUGGAAUUGUUCACUUAGCGCUACAAUUUUAUAUGAACUUACCAUGAUUCUAAAUUUUCAAAGGAAAACAUAUUUUAUGACGAGAAAUAUCAAGUACAUGGUCCAGGUCUGUAUACAGUUUGUCGAUUGUUUAUUGUCUGACUUUCUAUAUUAUAUCAAUACCAAACUUUUGAACAAACAACAGAUUAAAGUCUAUUAAUACUAAUUAAUAAUUAUUGUGUGAUAUAUGCAUACAAAGUGUUUUGCCGUCUCCUAUCCGUUAACUGCGAUGAGACGGCGGAUAUAAACACAGAAGAAUGCAUUAUCUUUAUGUGACAUCUUAUGCAUCCUUCCAUUCGCUCUCUCAUUGGCUUUAACCCUUGGAUCACGUGACUGACACACGCUUAAAAACAGGAUUGUUCAUAUGCUUUUGUCCCUGUAAAUGGUCUGUGGAAAUUUAACGAUAUAAUUAUGUAAAAAAUUUAAAUUGCACAUAAUUCUUCGGAGUGCAACCAAUGCUCGACUGUCAUGUAUAUUAUACGAUAAUAAGCACUUCAUUUUUAGUCAACUAAUAUUUUAUGCAUAGAUUUAUCUUAAAUUUAGGUGCACUGUAUUCUUCCGGGUUUAUAUGAUAUACAGAUAGCAAACAUUCAUUGUCAUGUGAUUAUUAUAAGGAAAAAUUAUUAUUUUAUCUGUAGAUUAUUUGGGUGAAUUUUAUUUAUUCCGUUGAAGAAUGAAAUCGUAUGUGGUACGUAAAUAAAAUACAUUUUAACGAUAUUAUCAUCAAGAAUAUGAUCAUAGCAAUAUUGGAGGUGAUAAAAGUAAUUAGUAUUAUUAAAUUGUGUUACUGAAUAUUUUAACUUUAUCAUAUAAUUUCAUAAAACGUACUACUUAAAACUUUUGCACAUUUAUAAAUGGAAGAAAUAAUGUAGAACAAAGAGUUUUAACUCUGUUGUUGAUCCAAUGAAAAAUAUAGAUGCGUGAUUGUUCUGUAAAAUAUUGUUUUGUGUAAUUUAAAUGGUCAUAGUUGUAUAUGAUGACAAGGUGUAAAGAGACAGUGCAUCUGUAUACAUUAUUGCAGGCUACCUAACUUCAGCAAUAAUUAUAAUAAUUCAAUUAUUGUAGACAAGGUUUUGUUAUAACCUUCAAAACAGACGCCUUAUAUUUUUUGUGUCAGAUGUGAACUAUUUUUAAUUGUAGUUACAUGUAUGUUUCUUCAUUACUGAAAUCACAUUUUCCCCUUUGCUGCGAAUUAUUUUCUCAUGACUUUUUUGAAAUAAUACAGUUUGAAGGUAAAAAAUAUGUAACAUUUGCAUUUUUUGUCAAACGUUAUUCAACAUUUUCAUACUAUUUUAAAUUCUUCAAACUAGGUGGCAGCACCAUGUAGACUAACAAAAACGUUUUUACAACUUUGUGAAUGAAAGUUAUACUAUGUGGUUAAUGGAAGCUUGUUCUUCAUCAUUCAAAUAUCGCAGCAAUAGGGUUAAUUUCUCAUGUAGUUAGUAAAUCCCGUACAUUUUGAGAGAGAAAUUUGAUACGUGUUUAAUAUUCUGAGGUACAAGAAUUUUCUUAAAACUUAUCAGUCUUUAUAAAUCCUUCACUCUUGAGCUAUUGAUUUCAAUUUUAUUAGUCCCUCUUGUAUGAAAAAAUACUUUGUCACUUUAUUGUUUCCCAUGUAGAUACAUAUCCUGCUAUAGAAAUGUGAUAAAAUAGACACUGUACGCAGUUUAACUUUCUAAUGGGCAAGGCUCUAAGUUUCAAGGUCAUUGAUUUAAAAAUAUGUUACAGAAUUACUACAACUGUAUGAGAUUUAAGGUUAAGGUUGCCACAGUGGUUAGGAUGAAGAUGCACCAUGUAGUCUGAUAGAUAUUGACUGAUAUUUCAGAAAAGUUUACCGUGUCCAUCUUCGUAGUGAUAAAUAAGCUGGGUGUAGAAGUUGUUUCAUUGUGCAGGUAGUAAUAUAAAUGUGAAGACCAUAAAUUUAUUAAGUGGUUUUGUUUUGAAUACAUACCAAAAAUAAAUUUUAUCGAGUUGUGCACUCAACUGGA